AUUAGCAAUAAUUUCAACUUUUCCUUUUUGGAAUACACCAACACAUGACUUGGAUGUUCCCAAAUCGAUUCCAAUUGCUAUGCCAGACAUUAUAGUUGUCGUUUUAUCUGAUAAAUACGAAAUAUCUACGCAGAAUGCAAUAUUUCAAGCUUGGACUUGAAAAAUGUACAAUAAAAAAUUUAUGAAAGACGGUGAACAAUACAAUGGGGGUUUGUGUGUAAAACUUUACCCGUCCCAAUCAAUUGAAUUAGACGAUAUUAUAAGAAGGGGAACUCGUACCGUAAUCAUAAAAACUCUAAUGAGCGUUCUUGUAGCCAUAUUUCUUGUCGAUCAAUGUGUACUAAGAAAAAAAUAAACUAUUCACAAUAUUUGAAUUUUGAUUAAAAAGAGAUUGUUGAUGUUUUUCAUAAGACAUGCAUAUCGAUCCAUUCGAUUAAAUAAUAGAUCGGACACGCAAUGCAAGUAGUUGAUUGUUAGUUAUAAAAAUUGUUAGCUUUUGUACGAAUAUCUAUUGAAAUGUAAUCAUUUUCUUUAGCACUCCAAAUGAUUUUUAAUAAAAUUUAUCAUUAUGCUAUGUAAAUUCUAGGUACUGAACGAUUAGGAAACAUCAUUCUUAAAUUCUACAACGUUGCGUUUAAUCAAUUUGAAACUUUUAAUGUAAUGGUUUUUUUUUCAGCAGGUUUUUUUAUUUUAACCUUGUAUCCAAAUAUUUUGGGUCUGAGCAGUUUUAAAUUUUUCACGGAAAAUGCUAAAAUAUUAAAGUCUCCAAAGAUUAUUAGAUUACCGGCAAAUAAGUCACAUAUUGUAGUGGACGUCAUAGUUUUACAUCAUCAAACUUAUCCAGUAGGUUACGAAUGACAGUAUAUAUAUUUGUUUUGGUUUUUAUAGCUAAAAUUCUGAUGUGAUUUUUAGGAAAAUCUCUUAGACUAUUUAAAAGUGAUUAUGGAAGACCUUCAGAGUAAAUUAAAUAAUGGAUCUGUUACCUACGUUUUUGAACAUCAUACUGUUCAUAUGGAUUGUUCCAAAAACGCUAGUGCGAAAUUAAUUAGAGAGCUGAACAGGUAUACUUACAAUCUUUCACUGCUUGGUUUUUUUUGAAAUAAUCUCUUUAAUUGGAAGUUAUUUCUUUUUGCAAGUAUUAUGAUAAGGGAUAGGGGAAGAUGCCGAAUGAUCUUAGCAGGCUCUUGCACUGAAUUUUGUCGAAUUAUUGAACAAUUUAGAAAGAGCUUUGGCUCAUUUUCCGUCCCUCUUGGUUGUCCCUAUAUAGAUGAAGAAGGUAGAAUUUAUAUAUCUCAAACAAGGGAAGAAUUUGACAUGGUUAUACUGAAAUUAAUGGAGGUAAGUAUAAGAUAUAAUAACAGAUAGAUAUAUUAUUUUAUGCUUUCUAAACAUUUAGUAUAUGAGAUGGGAGAAAUUGUCAGUUGUAUACAGUACGUCAGAGAUUUGGCACGAAUUAGCUGUUAGACUAAAGCAAAAACUUUCUGGAAAAAUCGAGAUUUUUCUCAAAGAGGGUGCAUCUAGAAAAAAUGAUAAAGAGAUUAUUAAGAAUAUAUUUGAUUCUUGCCAUAGAGGUAGCAAGUUUUUAUUAAAGCCUAUAAAUUUAUGAACGUAUUCAAAACACUAGUCUUUCUCAUGCUCGUCGAUCCAUACGAAGUACAGUAUUAUCUUGAAUACGCUGAAAAAGCAGGAUAUCUUAAACGAGGAUAUCAGCUUAUCCUUGUGAAUGUCUAUUGUAAGAGCUUUCAUGUUUGAUCAAGCAUAAGAAUAAUUUAUAAUAGCUUUUUACUUUUCAAAAGCUAUGUAUGACUUUGCCUGGGAUUUAGACGAUAAAAAUCUAUAUAAUGCAUUUACUGGCCAAAUGAGUAUUGUCGAUAGUAUACCAAACUCUAAGGAAUAUCAUGAUUUUGUAAAUAAAUUCAAGCUAUCAGAUGAUAGGAUGGGAUCUGGUCCAUAUAGAGUAUAGCGCAAUAUCAUAUUUUUAAAUACUUAAUAUUUAGUGUCUCAUCCACUCUACCCUUUUAUUUUAAUAUAAAUAUAGACUUGGAAUAGUCUUUUGACUCUAUACUUUUAUAAAACAUUCGAGUAUUAUGCAAAUUACUUGGCAUCAAUAAAUUCAAGUUCAUUAAAUGAAGAAUUUAAAUGGAGCAUGAAUGUUAUUAAUCAAAAGCCUAGCUUAUCAAUUUUGUUGGGAGCUGGAAAGUACGUAAUAGAAUACGCUAGAUUCGACAACGGAAAUCUUACAAAGGUUUACGAACCUCUGACUGAAAGGGAAUGUUUUUCCGGAAAUAAAACUUAUCCAACUAUGGAUUGGUGCUCCAGAAAAGUAGUAAUGCUCACCGAACAGAAAAUAAAUAUUGGAACUUUAAUUGGAAUAUGGAAAGUUACAAUAAAGUUUACUAAAAUGUCUAAUAUAGUAAUAUUAAUACUUGUUAAAUAUAGGAUUGCAUCAAUUCUUCCAAUAAUUCCACUAUUUGCCUUUUACGUUAUGUACUUGAUAAAAGAUAGAAGACUAAGAACCAAUCGCGAUUGGUUAGUUAACUUAGAAGAUUUAGAAUUGACGCAAGCUGAUCUGUUCAGUGAGAGUGCGAAAUUAUCACCCAGAAUAGAAACUUAUAGUCGGGAACGAAUUGACAAUACAAGUAGAUUUCACUGUAAUGUCGCCCUUUAUAAUGGUAAAAUGAUCAGCAUAAGAAGAAUUUACACUUUCAUUAAUCUUACGGAUCGUAGUAUUUUAUCAGAAUUUGUUCAGGUUUAUUAUAAUAAUUUAAAGAUUUUCCCAACUUAUGAUAAAAUCGGAAAAUAGAUGAAAGAAAUGACGCAUGUAAAUAUAAAUCCCUUCUAUGGGGUUAUAGUAGAUCCUCAAUUUACUUGCAUAAUCUCAGGAUAUUGUCAAAAAGGUUCUCUUCAGGAAGUAUUAGCGUCUAGAAUUUUCCAGCUGGAUGAUGCUUUUAAAUUAUCCUUCGCUACUGAUAUAACUGCGGGCUUAGAUUAUAUUCAUAAUAGUUUUCUCCUUUCUCAUGGAAGAUUGCGUAGCAGUAAUUGCUUAAUUGAUGAAAGAUGGACUGUAAGAAUAUCGGAUUUCGGAUUGAAUGCUCUUCGUUCAAAAGAAAAUGAUCCUCUAAGGACUGAAGAGGAUGAGACUUUGAAACAACUUUGGACGGCUCCAGAGCUCCUAAGAUUAAAAGUACCCCCGAUUAAUGGAACAGCCGCUGGUGAUGUAUAUUCUUUUGGUAUCAUAUUACAGGAAAUACUUCUUGAAGCUCCUCCCUUUGUUAUGGAGCUCUGGGAUCAUGAUCCUAAGAACGUGUUGUCAAAAAUCAAAGAGAUAAGAUUUCCGCCAUUUAGACCAUCUUUGCCAAAAGAUCAGCAGGAAAGCGUAUUAACUGAUUUGAUGAAAGCUUGUUGGGAAGAAGAAUCUACUUUAAGACCUCGUUUUCAAGAAAUAAAAAAUACAUUGCGCCAGGCGAAUAAAGGGAAACAAUUUUGCAUAGUUGACCACGUUAUGGCAGCCAUGGAAAUCAAAGCAGAAAAGCUUAAUGCAAACGUCUCAAAGCAGAGACGCUAUUUGAAGGCUGAAAAUGCAAAGGUCAACCACUAUCAACUGAGACUUCUUCCUGUUCAUACAAAUGAACUAGAUAUAUUAAAUGUGUCUGGUUGCCGAUAUUUAAGACACAAUAGAGUUGCUGUUUGUCUAUUCUCUUUCACAAAAUUACAUAAGUGCGCUAAUGAGAUGAAAGUGGGAGACUUUGCCCAUUUUGUCACCAAUUUACACAGAACAAUUGACAUCGUUCUGGAAUCUAAGAAAGUAUGUCUAGCGGGGCAAAUUGGACAAUCUCAAUUAGCAUUAUGUGGAUUGUCUGCUUUUACCAAUCAACCAGUUCGUAAUAUGAUUGAGGUGAUGUUUUUAUUACGAUCAGCUGUGGAGCGCGAAUCUUCAAAAGUAGAGAUAUCAACUCAAAAUGCAGUAAAAUCAACAAUUGAUGUUGACGUUGGACUACAGUUAGGUAUUCAUGUUGGCCCAAUCUCUACACUAAGCUUUCAGAUAGUUCUAAAUCAUAUCUGUUUUGUUGGAAAUGCUAUUACAAUUGCAUCAGUUGUUAAAUCGCUCUCUGUUCCCAAUAAGAUAAUAGUAACAAAUUCUGUCAGGGAAGCUUUAUCAUUCGAAAAUGAAUAUGACUGGCAACCUGCUUUUAAAUUGAUAAUUAACUAUUCCAUGUCGCAAUUUACUAGGUCCGAAUAUGUGUGCUAUUCUGUUAAUUAUAAAAAGACGAAAAUAACGACCCCUAAGCAAAUUGUUGAGAUUGUUAAAGCCUCCCACGAUCCUCCUGUAAUAAUUCUGGAAGAAGAAGAUGAAAUUAGCUGUGAUGAGACCCUGAGCGGGUUUGUCCAACUUGAACCUGUUGCCGUACCAACACCCGAACAAACUAAAAAUUUAUAUUCGAAAUUAGAAAAAAUGCCAUCUGAAGAAGUCAGCGAGAAGCAAACUCCUAAUGGUUCUGUUGUGGAGGAAACUAUUUCUUCUAUAAAUGAUAGGAAUGAACGGGAAAGCUAUAAAACAACCUUAACGUCCAGAAAGUCGUCGUCUGAAAAAAUGUACAACUUGAAAGAAGCAAUUGCGGGUCCCAGCGGAUUGUCCGAAAAAUCAGAUAGACGACCAGACACUGCAAUUGCUGCAGAGGAAGAAUGGAAAAGUUUACAAAUGAAUUUACAAACGGAAAUUUUAUUAACUCCCAAGCUCCCUUCGAAGAUAACAGGAAGGAUAGGAACGCCUUCAUUAAAAGCUGAUUAUUCUGACGAGCCCGAUUUAAAGACAUUAGCUGAAUCAAGUAAAAGUACAAUAUCUACUUCAGCAAAAAGAUCUAUUACAGUACAAACACAACAAUCAACAUUAAAGGAGCUAAAGGAUGUAGAGACUUUAAUUGAAAACCCACAGGUUUUUCAAAGAGAUGAUGUAAUAUCAAAAAAUUAUUGUAUUAUAUCAACUCAAACGAAGAGAAGUGUAUUGUAUAGAUUAAAGACAUCACACGAACGAUUUAAGCCGUUCUAUUAAAAUAAUAGAAAAGAGGGGAAUAGAAAGAAAGGAAUAGAGAUGUAAACGGAAAAGAAGACGAAGAAAAAAGAUAUAUAUAUAUAUACAUAAAUUUAUAUAUUUAAAAAAUCUUAAAAUAAAUAAUAUAAAGAAAAAAAAAAGGAAAUUUGGCAAGUAUAGAGCAUGCCUGAAAGAAGAUUUAGUUCUGUUGUUUUAAAGUAAACAGACAACUUCUAUUUACGAAAGAAAUUUAAAGUAAAGUUUGUUCUCUAAAGUCACGUAAGACGACGAAUUAGAGAAAACUCAUUCAAAUUUUAGUAUAAUAUAUGAAAAUUCAAUUAAGUAA